AAAAAGAAAAGUCGUCGGCGGACCAAAGUAAGGCAGCAAGCAGCCAAUAAUGAGAUAAUUCAUAAUAGCGUCAUCGGCUGGUUCACAUGUGACACAACCUUACAAGUCAUUUAUUACAUAAACUUCAUCUCUCUUUCUCUGUCUGUCUUUUGAAUCAUUCACAUAAUCUCACAAACGCAGAGACAUGACAGGCAGAGAGAUUCUUCAUAAGAUGAAGGUAUUGCUUCAGUUGAAGGCUGGAUUCUGCGGAUCUGAGACAGGAAGAGGUAAGAGCAAGAUGUGGAAGAACGUCGCACACGGUUUUGAGUUUGUGAAAGGCAAAGCAUGCCAUCCAAUGGAGGACUAUGUUGUGUCUGAGUUCAAGAAAGUAGACGGCCAUGAUUUGGGGUUGUUUGCUAUCUUUGACGGUCACUUGGGGCAUGAUGUGGCCAGGUACUUGCAGACCAAUCUCUUUGAUAAGAUUCUCAAAGAGGAUUUUUGGACUGAUACGGAAAACGCUAUAAGGAAUGCAUACAUAUCAACCGAUGCUGUGAUACUAGAGCAGUCACUUAAACUUGGCAAAGGCGGAUCAACGGCUGUGACAGGCAUUCUGAUAGAUGGGAAAAUGCUAGUGGUUGCUAAUGUUGGAGACUCACGGGCAGUGAUGUCAAAGAAUGGUGUUGCCUAUCAACUCUCUGUUGACCAUGAACCAAACAAAGAACAGAAGGAAAUUGAGAGCCGUGGUGGCUUUGUAUCAAAUAUUCCAGGGGAUGUUCCAAGAGUCGAUGGACAGCUAGCGGUUGCGAGGGCGUUUGGUGACAAGAGCUUAAAGAUACAUCUUAGCUCAGAACCAGACAUAACACACCAGAUAAUCGAUGAUGAAACUGAGUUCAUCGUUUUUGCGAGUGAUGGAAUUUGGAAGGUGAUAACGAACCAAGAAGCUGUGGACGUGAUCAAAAGCAUAAAAGAUCCACAAGCGGCAGCCAAGGAGUUGAUAGAAGAAGCAGUCUCUAAGAAAAGCAAAGACGACAUCUCUUGUAUAGUUGUAAGGUUCCAGUGAUCUAUAAAUUUUACCAAUCCAGUGUGUGUGAGAGAGAAACAAAAGACAUAAACGCCCAAGAGCUCUUGUAAAAACAUAUGGCCAAAAGAGAAAGAGUUGUUCCAUGCUUGGUUCAUGAUCCAAAUACUCUAUCGUCCUCA